AUGCAGCAGCUUGGCCGUGACGGAGCUCUCGUCUAUCCCGUUGGAGCCGAGACGAUACACCAUGGAUUCUAUGUGGAUGACAUGAUUUUCGGUGCAGACUCUGUGGACGAAGCUAAAGUCGUGCUAAACCAGACAAAGAAAUUGUUAACUCUUGGAAACUUUCACUUGAGGAAAUGGUGCUCCAAUGAUGAUCGCGUUUUGGCUGAUAUAGGUGGUAAUGACAGACAGGACUUUCUAACCUUCGAUGAUGGUGCAAGCAUAACAAAGACACUUGGAUUGGUUUGGGACCCAAAGUUGGACGUAUUCAUAUUUUCAUUUUCUCCUUUCGCAACACCAACCAAGGUAACUAAGCGUACAAUCCUUUCAGCUAUAGCUAGGCUUUACGACCCGCUUGGUUUGAUUGGACCUGUGGUGGCCAAAGCCAAAAUAUUCUUGCAGCAUUUGUGGAAGGAGAAGCUACAUUGGGACGAAAGCCCACCUCAAGCAUUACAAGAAGAAUGGCUGGAAAUAUGCAAUCAAUACAAGCUAGUUGCUCGUUUUAGUUUCGACCGUUACUUGAUAAUGCCCGAGGCGGACCUACAAAUACAUGGGUUUUGCGAUGCGAGUAUUGCUGCUUAUGGUGCCUGCAUAUACAUACGUGCUGAAAGUGACGGACACAUACUAACCAAUCUUCUCUGCUCCAAAUCUCGUGUAGCUCCACUUAAAGCGCUGACGGUACCGAAGCUUGAGCUUUCUGGAGCAUUACUUUUAGCCGAGUUAAUCGCAAAAGUG